AUGGUUGCAUUAAUCAAACUAGUAAUUUCAUUUUCAGAUCUUAAUUACAAACUUUUUUUAUCCAUAUCGAAAAAUUUGGAGGCAACGUAUGCAAGUUCGCAGAAAACACCACACAACACAACACAGCAACAAGCCAACAACAACAGUGGCCCAGUUGCUUUUUGCCUCGUAAAAGAUCCUAUCAAAUCUUCUUGUCCCACUCACACACUUUCUCUGCUCUUCUCUUCUCUUCUCUUCUCUCAAACGAGGGGAAGACUGUGAGAGGCACAAUGAGUCUAGCAUGUCUUGUGUGCCAUAGUGUGGAAAAUCUGUCACCAUCACACUCUUUCAGGAGAUCUGUUUCGAAUUCAGAUAACGAAGGAAGAUGUUAUGCUAUUGCAAACUGCUUAACACGGAAGUUAUCCGUUCAACCCCCUACUGUACACUCUUUUCUUGCAGCAUCAACUUCCAAAGUUACCCCUCAACCUAGUAACACUGAGAUACCUGGUCCUCCGCGGCUUGUAAGAAGUCGUGCCGUGAGGAGGGACAUAGUACAAGAUUGGAAUUUUGAUGAAGUUGUAGCCGCUUAGUCAACAACGUGCUGGAGAAAGACCAAGGGACUUCUCUUGUGCAAUAGUUUUUCUCUCUUUAAUUUUGGGGGAAAUUUCUUGUAACAUAGUUUAGGCUUAAGAGCAUGACAUGACAUUUUGCUAUCUUGCUGCUUUAAAUUUUGUUGUGAGUUCAACUGAACUCUCUAGUUUUAUUGUAUAUCAUCAAAUUUAAUGCAUAACAAUGUUUCUAUUUGCUUUGCCAUCAUUCGUUUGGUUCACGAUAGAUUUUUCGUCGAGGAGGUUAUAA